AUGUCCACGGAAGAACAAGUCAACUUGACAGCGCACUGCCUCUGCCGCAAACACACCUUUACCACCAGCGUCCCUCGCUCCUCGCUUCCGCUUCCCGCGUACCUCUGCCAUUGCAACAGCUGCCGGCACCUGACCGGAUCGCUAUUCAGCACCGAUGUGCCCUGGCCUGGGUCACCAUCUAACGUCGAUCUAUCCGGGCUCUCCGUGUACAAGUUCUCGGACAAGCUUUUGGUGCACUUCUGCGGCACGUGCUCGACGCCGCUACUAUUCAGUCACCCACAAGAUCCGAACGCACAACACGGAGUCUUCACCGGUACGCUGACAAACGAGGCUCAGAAACUUGUCAAUAUUGCCAUCCACAUCUACGUUGGGGAUACUGUAGAUGGGGGCGCAAGCAUGUGGCUCCGUCAUCCCAACGGGGACGGCAAAGAGGUGAAACGCUUCAAAGAGCGCCCCGGAGAUGCCGAGACCGGGACGUCGGGUGAAGAGUUACCCCAUGAUUGGCCUUCUCCCUCCUCCUUGACCGGAUUCGACAAGAAGUCUCCCGAAGACAGCGUCUCCAUCAAAUGCAAGUGCGGAGGCGUGCACUUCCGUCUGCACCGCUAUCCCCACACGGACAAGACAGGCGAUCAACUACCCUGGUUUGUCGACCGCACUACGCACAAGUAUAAAGCGGCCCAGUGCGGAUGCGACUCGUGCCGGCUAUCCUCGGGCGUUGACCUCUUCUCCUGGACCUUUUGCGACUUGGCUCAGAUCUCCUUCGUUGAUGGCGCCGAUACGAAGACUUUUCCUAAGAACAAGGCAGAGCUGAAAACGCUGGUCGACGCCAAAGAUCCCUCUGCGGGGACGCUGAAAUAUUAUGCCUCUUCUCCCGAUGUGCAGCGCUACUUCUGCAGCAGCUGCUCGGCAUCUGUCUUCUAUGCGGUAGAUAGUCGCCCGAACCUAGUAGACCUCGCAGUAGGCCUUCUCGAGGCUUCAGACGGUGCCCGUGCCGAGGGAUUCCUGGCAUGGUGGUUCGGUAGGAUAUCGCACCGAGAUGAUACAAAGGGAGGGUGGAGGGAGAAGUUGGUUGAAUGUGUUAUGAAGGAAGCGACGGAGUGGAGGGAAGCAAGAGGUUAUCCAGAGGUCUGAUGGGGCGACCGUGGAAGUCGUAGCAGAGACAGCAAAGGGGUUUACGCUUUAAGUAGGGGUCGCCCGCGGACGUCCAAUGUUCUUUAAUGACUCCGAGGGAUAAAUUAGAGUCACAUAAACUUGGUAUAAGAGUGUACUUUCUCUCUCUGAUUGAGUUCGGGGAGCAUAGCAGUUGCCGAA